GUUAGGAGGCCCUGCAGGUUUUUUAGACCAGGCUGUGUAUACAGGCAGAUGAGGGUGGUGUACGCGAUACAGUUUAAGGACAGCAGGGGCAGCAGGUGUUUCUGGCUGCUUGCACAUUGCAGACAGGCAUGGAGGAGGACUCUGAGAAACACGCCAUGUCACAGCGUAUCAGAGAGCUGGAAAGUCAGCUGGCAGAGCUGCAAGCAGCUGGUGGGGAUUCUGAAACGCCAACUACCUCUACUGGAACCACUAGCGGGAGGCCUACGUUUUCAAUCCCACAAGCUCCGAUUAUAUAUGUGCAGCAGGAUCGAAAGCUGCCAGUGUUUUCUGGACAUUUGAACAGCAAUGACUCGUGGACUCUGGAGGAGUGGAUAGAGCGAAUAAGGCAUUUUGCCGAAUCGAGGGGCUGUACAGAGAAGGAGCGUGCACAAAUAGUGUUUGAUCAUCUGGAGGGUGCCGCUCGUACGGAGGUUAAAUUUUUACCCCCGCAACAACGUGAAUGUAUGGACUCUAUUUUUAACAUUUUGAGGGAAGUUUAUGGAUGUAUGCAUUCUCAUGUCUCAUUACAGCGUCGGUUUUAUAACCGCAAACAACAAGAUGGUGAGUCUUUAAUCGAUUAUUCCCAUUCUUUGAUGGACUUAAUGGACAUGAUUGUUAAAAGUGAUGCUCAAGUUGUUUCGAGAGUUGUCUCUAAAGACUUGCGUGAUCAAUUCAUUGAUGGAAUCAGGGAUCAAACCUUGAAAAUAAGACUGAGAGACCUGGUUAAUGCCAAUCCUAACUGGACAAUCCGAGAGGCUCGAGCUGAGGCAACAAAGUGGAUGGCUCAGUGUGGUGCUCCGUCUAAAUCUGUUCGUUUGGUCUCUAAUGAAACUGUUGUAUCUUGUGAAGCUACUACUGGUUCAUCUCAAUAUUUAGAAUUGAUGUCUCUGCUAAAAGCCCAACAGACCCAACUAGAGUUGGUGGUUAAAGCACUGGCUCCACAAAGUUUACCUCCAGCAAGGGGCCGCUUCAAUAGGCCCAGGCGCAAUGCGGAUGGAAAACCUAUAUGCUUUAGGUGUGAGCAGAGCGGCCAUAUUGCAAGAAACUGCCCGAAUAAUAUUCAGAAUGAAGCUAAAGAGGAUAACCAAAAUGAAUCAAAGUCUGCGGGAAACUAGAGCCCGCCAGUGUGCAGAGCCAGACAUUGGUGGGGGGACAGAUGGGCUCAGAUGACAUAGAUUCUGAAUUUGGUAACCUGGUCGGUAAGUGCUUUGAGGCUGAAAUAGACUUUGCUGGAGUCAGUGUCCCCUGUCUAUUGGACAGUGGGUCCAUGGUAACCACUAUAACUGAGAGUUGUUUUAAUGAAAACUUUUCUCAUUUAUCUGAUAAGAGUCUAAGGGAUUGUGGGUGGUUAGGUUUAAAAGCUGCAAAUGGUUUAACAAUCCCGUACCUUGGUUAUAUUGAACUGGAUUUGAAUAUUUUGGGUGUGCUGAUUCCUCGUCGGGGGUUGUUGAUUGUGAAAGAUCCAUCUGACAUUUACAUGAGACAGAAAAAAACCGCUGUACCUGGGGUUCUGGGCAUGAAUGUGUUUAACCCCCUUUAUCAAGAACUGUUAAAGAGAUAUGGCGCUGACCUUUGGGGGGCCCCAGAGAUUAAAUCCGCACCACCAGGGCUGAAGAAGAUCCUGAGGCAUUGCCAGGUGAUGGAGGCCAUGGCCAGCUCUUCAGAACCCUACCCAGUGAGAGUACAGGGUAAGGAUCCUCUGUGUAUUCCAGCUGGUAGUCUUAAGUAUGUCCCUGUUACCUGUCCAAAGGUAUCCUUACACCAGGCUAUAGAGCUCAUGGUGGAG